UGGAGACUCGGAGAUGGGAGGGCGGUGUGUCGAGGGUACAUGGCGGGUUGGAAGGGGUAUCUUCUGCAAGUUGAGUGAAAGAGGAGAAAGAUAAUGGAGCAGAUAUCAAUUAGACCAGAAUGUCAAGAAGUGUAAGAGUUCGUCGCGGCGAUUCAAUCGUCUUUGAGCUGAUAAAGUUAUUUGAAAGGGGGCACGAUGACACGCCGGCGUGUCUGGUAUUUGUCACGGCUGUGAGAGAACGGAGAGGGGAGAGCGAUGGCAUAGUGCAGCCCUCAUGGCCUUUAUAUUUUGGGCACGACAGUUGUGAGAAUUAGCGUAGUGGCCCAAGCUGAGCACAACAAUUGUCUUUGUCUCCGUUUGGCUGAGCAUGGAGCCUCAGGCUCGAUCGAGACUGACGAACCAGCCUGAGACAAUGGGAGAAUGCCUGUAUCCUCUAGAGAAAAGACACAAUAGGGCUGAAAGGUCGUUUCUCUCAAAAGACCGGAGAAACCGUGAUGAAAGACGAGACAG